GCUCCCGGCAGGCAGCGCGGCGGCCCGGCGCUGCCCCGCUGCUGGUGGCGGGGGGCAACCGUUCCCCUGGCAACGCCGCUUCCGCCGCCGCGGAUGGCAGAACCGUUACGGCGCCUGGUGGAGGGCGCCCGCCGCCGCCGCCGCCGCCCGCCCGGGGAGGAGCGGCGGGAGCCCGCGGGCUCCGGGCGUUGCCGGACGCGGCGCAGGCUGAGGGCGGACGCGGCCCCAGCCCGUGCGGGGAUCGAGGGCCCGGUAGCGAACAUGACUUCAGCAGAUAAGGAUUUUUCAGAAGAGAGCGGCUUUUCACCAAAAGCCAGCACCAGCAAGCUGCCAACAGAUGCGUCUCCUGACUCUAAAUGCCCCAUCUGCUUGGAUACAUUUGACAAUGUUGCAUAUUUAGAUCGCUGCUUGCAUAGGUUCUGUUUCCGCUGUGUCCAGGAGUGGUCAAAAAACAAAGCAGAGUGCCCCCUCUGCAAGCAACCCUUUUUUUCCAUUUUCCAUACAAUUCGUGCUGAAGAUGACUUUAAAGAGUACAUACUCAGCCCUUCAGAAAAUAACUCUUUUGCCAGCCCUGAUGGCCAGAGAUUUCGUUACCGUACCACCAUGACAGGGGAACGCCGCACUGGCGGUUCUGCUUUCCGAAGGACACUGUCCCCUCCAGAUAAUGGGAUAUUGUUUGAAGGAUUGUCAAGUGAACCAGUGCGGCAGAGAGAUGGAGAGAUUCAGCAGAUGAUAAGGAGGCUGGCCUCAAGGAGGCAGGCUAGUGCAGAGGGCAGAUCUAUGCGGCAGAUUGAGGAGGAGGACAUGAUCAACUUCCGCAGAGCUCUGUACCGUACUGGUGUGCGUAUUCGUAGUAUUCAGGAUGGUGGCCGCUAUCGAGACAUUUCAGCAGAGUUUUUCCGCCGCAACCCUGCUUGCCUUCACAGGCUGGUUCCUUGGUUGAAGCGAGAACUUACAGUCCUUUUUGGUGCCCAUGGAUCUUUGGUUAAUAUUGUACAGCACAUUAUCAUGAGUAAUGUGACUAGGUAUGAUCUGGAAAGUCAGGCCUUUGCUGACGACUUAAAGCCAUUUUUGCUGAAUCGGACUGAACACUUCUUACAUGAAUUCAUCAGUUUUGCCCGUUGUCCUUUUAACUUAGAAGCAUACGAUCAACAUGCCAAUUAUGACUGUCCUGCACCAUCAUAUGAUGAAGGAAGCCACUCAGACUCAUCAAUUAUUACAAUAUCUCCAGAUAUGGCAUAUUCUCAAGGGCCAGAUAAUAAUUUGUCUGCUGUGACUGGUCUUGGUCAGGCCCCCUGGGAUGAUGAAACUCCGGGGCCUUCCUAUUCCAUUUCAGAAGAGGUUCGUGCAACCAUGGCUUCUCCUCUGGAGAUGUCAGAAAGUUCUGAUGGGGACUCUGCUACAAAGAAUCGAGGAACCAAACUGCAAACUCAGUUACAAGCUAACGCUGACUCAAAUAAUAGUGACUCUUCCUCAGACAAUUGUGUUAUUGUUCGGUAUGUUAAGCCAUUAGCUGAGAGGACACCAGAAGUGGUCGAGCUGUCCUCGGACUCUGAGGAAUCUAUCAGGGAAGAGAAGAGGGAAGAUGUGAAGAAACAGCAGCCAAUCCAGUGUGGCAGCUGGAGUGAUAGUGAACCAAGCAGGAGUUUCUCACCAUGUUCCCCCACAUAUAAGGAGGGUAUCGGUAGUGGCAGAAGCUGUUUAUCUCCUGCAGUUGAGAAGACAGAGUCAAAAGAUGUUGACAACAAAUACAAGGUAAAAGAUCUGUCUCCACAGAACUUAAGCUGGAGCCCCUCUCCAGGGAGUGACACAGUAUGCUCCCCUUGGAAUCACAGAUGGUCCAGAAAGAGGAAGUCCAGGAGCCCACAAUCGUGUUCACGGAACAAUCGAGGUAGUCAUGACCAUCAGUCUAGGAGGGAGCGUCGUAGCAAAAGCCAAUCUAAACGGAAACGAUCAAGAAGCAGAGAUAGUAGCAAACACAGGAGCAAAAGAAGCAGCAGGAGGUCAAGGGCUCAUGACACCAGAAUCUCUCUAAAAAGCCAGAGAGACUCCCUAAGUCGUGAGAGCACGCCAUCCAGAGAAGCAAGCAGAUCACGAUCACGUAGCAAAGGCCACAGCAAAAGGAGAUCAAGAAGCAGAGACAGUGAUCGUUAUUAUGUAAGACACAAUUAUAAAAGUAGAUACCAGUGGAGUUAUGCUUUCUGUAGUCGAAAGACACUUGGUGAUGGCUAUGAGUCCUCCAGCAGGAGGAGGACUCAGUCUAAUAACCUCUACUCAAGGCAAUCUUCUAGUCCAGAAUACAGGAUACGAUCAUUUAUUGAAAAGAGAGAUCCACAUACCCAGAGGGGACUCCAUGAGAGACACUACUACUGUUAUGAAAGAUGCAGGUCAAGGAGUCGAUCAAGCAACAGGUCAAGGACUCCUUCUGGAGGAACUGACAGAAUGAAAAGUGAAAAGCCUGGUGGAAAAAGGAAGUACAAAACUCGCCACCUGGAGAAUGCAUUCGUGGAGAGCACAAGUCUAGAAAGAGAAAAUGACCCUAAGAAAACUUUCUCAAAAUUCAGUGACUGUUACAAAAAUGAAGAUAGCCUUUCAGACAAUCGAGGAAGCAGCGAGACAAAGCAUAAGAAAAAGAAAAAAAAGAUGAGGAGUCCAAGUGUGGAGAUAGUCUAUGAAGGAAAAGCAACACACACAAGACAUCUUAAAAAGAAAAAGAAAAAGCAUAAGAAGAAACACCGAAAACAUCACAUGAGUAACACGGCACAUUCUUCUCCAGUAGUGAUUACAAUUGAUAGUGAUAGUAGCAAGGAGCCAGAAAGUACUGAAUGUGACAGCAGUGUUACCUGGACCGGCACAACUCAGAUAAAUGAGAGGGAAAACGAGUCUCCAUCUUCUUUUCUGGGAAGGACAGGAUGUGAAGAUAUUUACAGAGUUGGUGAGGGAACUGGAGGAGCAGCCAAAAAAUGCAGUAUUCCUACCAGAAGGGGAGGUUUAGAUGGUGACAUUAAAAAUGCUGAUGUUGAACUUCGAGACACAGUAGCUGAUCAGAAUCUUACGAUAGUGGAUACCAGCAGUAACACUCCUCACAGGGAAACUGUAACCAGCUACUUUCAAGAAGCACCAGCAGCACCUUCUGGUCAGCUGCCUUCCCCUAGGACUUCCUUCCUAGAGCGUCCAGAGAGACAACCAUUGAUACUAAGACUGCCAAAGAGACUUGUCAACAGAUCCUCUUGGUUUGAUUUUCCAAAAGAAAAAAUGUAGCACACUUUCCAUGGAACACUUCUUAAAAUUGUGAAGUUGUUUUAAUUUCUUUUUUAACCUUGAGAACAAAAAUACCUGAUGUCGUUCCUGUAUUGUAGAAUAUGUCUGGGAAAUGUGUAAAACUUACAAAUCUGUAUGCACUUUUAAGUCAAAGAAGAUAGAAUAUGGAUAGUACAUUAGAUAAGUCUUAAAGUUUCUAAGAAGAAUAUUUGCAAGUUUUAAUUUCAUAAAGCCAUCCUGUAUUCUUGUAGUAGGUAAAAUAUAUCCACAGAGUAUUUCAAAGUUUUGUUUAAAACAAACAACAAAAAAGGAGCCCAAACCAAAAGCUAGAAAGUGCAUUUUAUGGGGAUUGCUUAUCUUAGGAAAAGGUGUUUAGUUCAUAAGAAAUUAUUUAGGCUGAAUUCUGUUGUUAUUUUAAUCUAUUUGGUUUAAGCUGAUCUCUGGUGAAAUCCAGCGAUUUCUAUAAAGAUCUUCAAAAGGACUUCCAGUAAUGUGAAAGUGUGCUAUGUCAAAAUCUGAAUAAAGCAAUAAGACUGUUUUCUAAAUGAA